CUUCUUUCCUUCCCUUUGACAAGGGAUCACCUCGAAAUCGAAGUUCAUAUCCAGAUCGAAUCAAGAAUUGUCCUCGCAGUUGUCGAGAGAUUCUGCCGCGUAUAAUGGCUGCCGAAAGACGACUCAUCUCGUCCGGGUCGGGCUUCGAAGCCCAGAUCGGCUACUCGCGCGCCGUCGUCUCGGGGGACAUGGUCUUCGUCUCUGGCUGCACCGGAUACGACUACAAGACGGGGACCAUCUCGGACGACGUGGCCGAGCAGGCGGAGCAGUGCAUGCGGAACAUCGCGGCCGCCCUUGCCGAGGCGGGCGCCGACAUGGCCGACGUCGUCAGGGUGCGGUAUAUCUUGCCGGACAGGCGGGACUUUGAAAAGACGUGGCCUGUCCUGCGAAAGUGGCUGGGACAUGUCCGACCGGCAGCGACCAUGGUCCAGGCUGGCCUGAUGGAGGAAGUGAUGAAGAUCGAGAUCGAGGUUACGGCGAGGAAGACGGCUGCAUCCGAGUCCAAGGAGUAAGUCGUAGCGGACGCGUCACGCUAGAGGGCUCGGAAAACCAGGGGGAUAACAAGAGUCUCUGGCUGGCUAGGGCAUAAUCUCUGCGUUCAGGGUA